ACUGUAGAUCCCCCGGCGCCCGGCUCCCUCGCGUUAGUCUUGCUGUGUUGUGAUCACGUGGCCAGCUCCGGGCGCGGCGCUUGUUUUGGUUUCCCUCUACCUUGCCCCUGGCAGCUUCGGGGUGAGCGACUUUACUGUGCCGGUUACUGCGCCUACCUUACACUCUGAUCUCCCUUUCUUACGGCUCUUUCAGCCCGCAGUUCUGCAAGCCCCUCGGGGCCGGCUACUGCGAUGCCGUUAGUUCGCUACAGGAAGGUGGUCAUCCUCGGGUACCGCUCUGUAGGGAAGACAUCUUUGGCACAUCAGUUUGUGGAAGGCGAGUUCCUGGAAGGCUAUGAUCCUACAGUGGAGAAUACUUACAGCAAGAUAGUGACUCUUGGCAAAGAUGAGUUUCACCUACACCUGGUGGACACAGCAGGGCAGGAUGAGUACAGCAUUCUGCCCUAUUCAUUCAUCAUUGGGGUCCAUGGUUAUGUGCUUGUAUAUUCUGUCACCUCUCUGCAUAGCUUCCAAGUCAUUGAGAGUCUGUACCAAAAGCUACAUGAAGGUCACGGCAAAACUCGGCUGCCAGUGGUGCUAGUGGGGAACAAGGCAGAUCUCUCUCCAGACAGGGAGGUCCAAGCAGUUGAAGGGAAGAAGCUGGCAGAGUCCUGGGGUGCAACAUUUAUGGAGUCAUCUGCUCGAGAGAAUCAGCUGACUCGAGGCGUCUUCACCAAAGUCAUCCAGGAAAUUGCCCGGGUAGAGAAUUCCUAUGGGCAAGAGCGCCGCUGCCAUCUCAUGUUCUCCUGUACAGGUACCAGUUGGCUGCCACUCCCAUCCCUUUAUAGGCUCUCAAGAUCCCCUUAACUACAGAAACACCACCCUCUAGUGGCCAGCUGCCACAUGCUGACCUAGCCUCCCUCCUGGGGCCUUGGCAUUUGCUGUCACUCAGAGAGAGGGUAGGGUUUGGGGAGGAAAGAAACCCCUCAUCCUAGUGAUGUAAUAGUUGAGAAGAAGGGUAGAUGCAGGGACUAAAGUAUUGGAGAAGAUUUUGGCUUUCUAAAGGGUUGAGUAAAGUAAGAAAUAAUGCCCCUGGUGUAUAUCAAUCCUUCCAUUCCCCAUGUCCCCAGAGCCUUUCAUUAAAUGGAUGUUCUUUGGCCUUUUCAUUACCAUUGGUGACCUAUUCACACCCUUCACACCUUUGGAAUGAUGUCACUCUUUUUAGGUGUCAAAAGGUAUUGCUUCUACUCUUUCUUAUUGACUAGCCACCUCAGUAGGAUGGACAUUUCAGCUAGGAAUACCUCUACUUUUCCUGCUCACCCCCCCAUCCUUACCAGACCUAGGGUUUACCUGGCAUAAUAUCUCCUCCAACGAUUUACAAGGGUUACUGGGAUAGUACCAUUUACAGGAAGAACACAGACUACUCUUGCCAACUGAGGGAGUCUGAAGUACUCUGUCAGUGCACUUAGUUGGGGAGGAUGGGCAAAAUCUUAGCUGUGACCUUGCUGGUGCCUGAGUCUAGGCUACUUGGGCUUAUAGUUGGGGUGAUUGUUUGUCAUACUGGUUUUCAAAAAUUCUGUCAGUUGCUUUUGCAACCCUAAUCCAGAAUCUA